AUGAAGAGCAAACAACGCAGCACAGUGGACAAGGUACUAACAAGUUUUUCGGACUAUAUGACACGGAACGAUGACACAGUAGAGCAGUGGGCUGCAAACUGUGAUAAUGAAGGUUGGAAUGAUUUGAUGAAGCAACAUUCACAUAAGGGACAGAAGGUAGCGGACGUCAUGAGAUGUAGACUUAUGAAUACUGCAUUGUGGUUUGCUAACAAGGAUGACGAGGAUGAUGAGGAGGUGAACAGGUUAAGAUGUGAAGUAGUGAAUGUUUUUGGGAAUAUCCUGAAAAGGAGGUAUUGUCCGCAACAGGGAGGCAGGAGACGAGGUAUAGAGUAUGCAUGGGAAAUAAUGCGACAAAUGGGGAACACAGAAUGGGGAGGAGUGGUACCACAGGGUCCAGUUACAAAGCACGAGUGUACAGAAUGUGGCUAUAAAGGUAGUUGGACGGACCCAGGCGUAGUCAAUGGAGAUAUGGCCACCUGGUUACUGCUGCAAUGGAGAGUCAUGGACAAAAUAACCCACAUGGAACGCACAAUGGAGUGUACUGCAGAUUGGAAGACAUAUCAAUUAGAGCAGGGGAAGGAUGGCAACCUUGCAGCUCCGGCUGCGGACGGGAAGAAAAAACUGGAGGACGUAAAAGAGGAGGCAAAAAAGAUAGCAGAAGACAUAGUUAAAAAGAUGCAUGAGAACGUGAAGAAGGUAUUAGAUGACUUAGGAAAUUGUAAGGAAUCGCGCGAUAAAGACUGCGUGCAGCAGCUAUUCGAGAAAGAAGUUCAAGAACCGGCAGGUAAGAAGACUAUUACGAAUAAGUGGCCCACUAGGAAUAUACAGCCUAACACGAAUACGAAUAGUACGGCCGCAGACCAGGAACACAAAGACCAGGAUAAAGGAAGCAGCACAUCAUCAGACACAGCAUCCGGAAAACCCGUGCAAGAAUCAGUAGGAACCACAGAUACAACACCCGCAGGAGGAGCAUCCGUGGGGAGGCAUGAUCCCACAACAUCAGAAACAACACCAACAACAGUAACACCUACACCAGCACCUCCUGCAGCACCGGCAGGAGGAGACAGUAGUGGAAAAGAUCAAUCCUCGGGAGGCACCAGUACAGACCAGGUUGCAGACAACAAAGGUAAGUGUACAAAGGGGCCUCAGGUAUUUAAGGAAACAAAUACAGGCAUGGGCAUCUUCGGUGCUACAUCGACUACCACUAUCUCCAUUGCAUCGGGUGCCGGAGCUGAUGAUGACUGUGACCAGCAGCCCACAGACACAGGAAAAGGUAGUGUCCUGAGUGAAUAUCCACAACAAAAACCAAAAAAAAAAAAACAACAACAAUUUCCGGAGAGAUAG